GGUGAGACUGGGAUGGGGGAGGAGAUCAGAGGAGGAGCUGGGUGGAUCCCCUGGGAGGAGGGCAGGGAUUCCUGCUCCCCGCCGGGUGCUCCUGCCCCAGGCUCAGAUUUCAAUCCUGGCGGCGGCUUCGGCAGGUUAGGACAGCGGAGGGGGUUUUGCAUCGGAAGGAGAGCGUGCUCGGAGCUAGGGGAGAGCAGGUACCUGCGAUCCCUGGAGCCAAGGCCCUGAACCGCCGGGCCUCGGGCCUUUUCGCGCCUAGUCGCAAAGCUUUCCACCAGGGGGCGACGUGCCCACGUGCCGCCGAGUACCGCUCGCCCGAAACAGCAAGUCCCAGGCCGCCAGAGGGUCGCGCCCGACCCCUCCUCCUUCUGCUGCUCCUAUUGGCCGCCGCAGGCGGGGAUUGGCGGUCUCCAGGGUGACGGAAGGCGCUUGGGGCAUCCGAGGCGGGAGGUGGGUCCGCCCCCUAUUGUGUAGCCGGCGGAGUGGAGCUGAGCCGCGCGCGGAGCAGAUCUGGCGGUGCUCCAGAGAACAGCUUCAUCAGGUGUUACGUGAGCCAAGCCCUAACUGUUCAGAAGAGUGGGAGCUGAAACCUGUUACCUGAUCAGAAGGAUUGACUGAGCUUGCUGGGCUGUGGACAUCCCUGGCCCGUGGACCUGGGCCCCUGUGGAUAGCGGGGGGAGGGGGGCUGGGUGAGCAGGCAGUUGGGCUAUGGUUUGGUGCCUCAGUCUGGCCAUCCUCAGCCUGAUCAUCAGCCAGGGGGCUGACGGUAAGCUGGAUUUAAGAACUCCCUGUUAGUCUUGGGAUGGGGGCAUUCCCCAGGGGUCCUCUGUGAGCCUGUGAGGGUUCUGGAAAAGUUGAGGUUUCCCUCAAUUGCAGAGUCCUAGGGAGCCCCCUGAGAUGCUGAUGGGACCUCCCUUCUCAGCCCUGACCUGGGCCCCUGCUGUCCAUCAUGCCAUCCACCAUGCAGGUCGAGGGAAGUCUGAGGUGGUAUCGGUUGUGGGCCGGGCUGGGGAGAGUGCCGUGCUGGGCUGUGACCUGCUGCCGUCAGCUGGCCGACCCCCCCUGCACGUCAUUGAGUGGCUGCGCUUUGGGUUCCUGCUUCCCAUCUUCAUUCAGUUUGGCCUCUACUCUCCCCGAGUGGAUCCUGAUUACGUGGGGCGAGUCCGGCUGCAGAAGGGGGCAUCUCUCCAGAUUGAGGGGCUCCGGGCGGAAGACCAGGGCUGGUACGAGUGUCGCGUGCUCUUCCUGGACCAGCACAGCCCUGAAGACGAUUCUGCUAACGGCUCCUGGGUGCACCUCACAGUCAAUUCGCCCCCUCAAUUCCUGGAGACACCUCCCCAGGUGCUGGAAAUUCAGGAAUUAGAGCCCUUGACCUUGCGUUGUGUGGCCCGCGGUAGCCCCCAGCCUCAUGUGACUUGGAAGCUCCGAGGACAGGACCUGGGCCAGGGCCAGGGCCAGGGCCAGAUGCAGGUGCAGAAUGGGACGCUGUGGAUUCGCCAGGUGGAGCGAGGCAGCUCGGGGAUCUACACCUGCCAAGCCUCCAGCACUGAGGGCAGUGCCACCCACGCCACCCAGCUGCUGGUGCUAGGACCCCCAGUCAUCGUGGUACCCCCCAAGAAUAGCACAGUCAAUGCGUCCCAGGAUAUUUCCUUGGCCUGCCGGGCUGAGGCGUACCCUGCUAACCUCACCUAUAGCUGGUUCCAGGACAGCAUCAACGUCUUCCACAUUAGCCGUCUACAGUCACGAGUGCAGAUCUUGGUGGAUGGGAGCCUGUGGCUACAGGCUGCCCAGCCUGACGAUGCCGGCCGCUACACCUGUGUGCCCAGCAAUGGCCUCCUACACCCGCCCUCAGCCUCCGCCUACCUCACUGUGCUCUACCCAGCCCAGGUGACAGCAAUGCCUCCUGAGACACCCCUGCCCAUAGGCAUGCGAGGGGUGAUCCGGUGCCCAGUUCGUGCCAACCCGCCACUGCUCUUUGUCAGUUGGACCAAGGAUGGGAAGGCCCUGCAGCUGGACAAGUUCCCCGGCUGGUCCCAGGGCCCAGAAGGCUCACUGGUCAUCGCCCUGGGGAACGAAGACGCUCUGGGAGAAUACUCCUGCACCCCCUACAACAGUCUCGGCACUUCAGGGCCCUCCCCAGUGACCCGAGUGCUGCUCAAGGCUCCCCCAGCUUUUCUAGAACGGCCCAAGGAAGAAUAUUUCCAAGAAGUAGGGCGGGAGCUACUCAUCCCCUGCUCUGCCCGAGGAGACCCUCCUCCUGCUGUGUCUUGGGCCAAGGUGGGCCGGGGGCUGCAGAGCCAGGCCCAUGUGGACAGCAACAGUAGCCUCAUCCUGCGACCCUUGACCAAGGAGGCCCACGGGCGCUGGGAGUGCACCGCCAGCAAUGCUGUGGCCCAAGUGGCCACGUCCACGAAUGUCUACGUGCUGGGCACCAGCCCCCAUGUUGUCACCAAUGUGUCCGUGGUGCCUUUGCCCAAGAGUGCCAAUGUCUCCUGGGAGCCUGGCUUCGAUGGUGGCUAUCUGCAGAGAUUCAGCAUCUGGUAUACCCCACUGGCCAAGCGUCCUGACCGAACCCACCACGACUGGGUGUCCCUGGCGGUGCCCGUGGGGGCCGCUCACAUCCUUGUGCCGGGGCUGCAGCCCCACACCCAGUACCAGUUCAGCGUCCUGGCUCAGAACAAACUGGGGAGCGGGCCCUUCAGCGAGAUUGUCCUGUCUGUCCCUGAAGGGCUUCCUACUACGCCAGCUGCCCCCAGGUUUCCCCUGACAGAGAUGCCGCCUCCCCUGUCCUCUCCCCGAGGUCUGGUGGCAGUUAGGACACCCCGGGGGGUACUUUUAUAUUGGGAUCCCCCAGAACUUGUCCCUAAGAGGCUGGAUGGCUACAUCCUGGAGGGCCGACAAGGCUCCCAGACCUGGGAGGUGCUGGACCAGGCCGUGGCAGGCACAGAAAUGCAGCUGCUGGUGCCAGGUCUCAUUAAGGAUGUUCUCUACGAGUUCCGCCUUCUGGCCUUGGCUGGUGGCUAUGUCAGUGAUCCCAGCAACAUAGCCAACGUCUCCACUUCCGGUCUGGAGGUCUACCCGUCUCGCACCCAGCUGCCAGGCCUCUUGCCACAGCCCGUGCUAGCUGGAGUGCUGGGCGGUGUCUGUUUCCUGGGGGUGGCUGUCCUUGUGAGCAUCCUGGCAGCAUGUGUCACUAACCGGCACAGGGCCGCCCGCCACCGCCGCAAGCGCCUCCGCCAAGAUCCACCACUUAUCUUCUCUCCGCCCCGGCUGUCAGCUCUACUCUCUGCUCCAGGCUCGGGCAGUCCUGACAGUGUGGCCAAGCUGAAGCUCCAGACGUCCCCAGUCCCCAGCCUGCACCAGAGCCUGCUCUGCAGGGAGCCCCCCGGGCCCCCCAGCUCCCCUCUGGAGGAUCCUCCUAGCCGGGGGCCCUUGCCCCUGGAGCCCAUUUGCCGGGGACCGGAUGGGCGCUUUGUGAUGGGACCCAACGUGGUGACCCCCCAGGAAAGGUCAGGCCCUGAGCAGGCUGAACCUCAGACCCUGUCCCGGUGUCAGGCCAGGUCCUAUGACUGCAGCAGCAGCAGCCCUAGUGGGCUGCCCCAGCCCCUCUGCAUAGCAGAUAUCAGCCCUGUGGGGCCCCCUCCUGCGGCCACACCCAGUCCUCCGUCAGGUUCAGGACCCCUGCUCCAGUACCUGAGCCUGCCCUUCUUCCGGGAGAUGAGUGUGGAUGGGGACUGGCCCCCUUUUGAGGAGCCCAGUCCUGCUGCACCUCGAGAUUACAUGGACACCCAGCCCUGCCCCACCUCAACUUUCCUUCAACCCCUGGACUCCUCCCCUGGGUCCCCCAGGGCAGUGCUUCCUGGGACCAUGGUCAGGGCUGGGGCUGCUGCAGAGCCCCCAUAUACAGCGCUGGCUGACUGGACGUUGAGGGAGCGGCUGCUGCCAAGCCUUCUCCCUGCCGCCCCUCGGGGCAGCCUCACCAGCCAGAGCAGCGGGCGGGGCAGCGCCUCGUUCUUGCGGCCCCCCUCCACAGCCCCCUCGGCAGGAGGCAGCUACCUCAGUCCUGCUCCUCCUCCGGGAGAUACCAGCAGCUGGGCCAGUGGCCCUGAGAGAUGGCCCCGAAGGGAGCACGUGAUAACCGUCAGCAAGAGGAGGAACACAUCUGUGGAUGAGAACUAUGAAUGGGACUCAGAAUUCCCUGGGGACAUGGAAUUGCUGGAGAUUCUGCACCUGGGCUUGGCUGGCCCUCGACCCCAACCUGAAAAUGAGCCAGAGCUAGGUGAAAAGACUUCAGAGGAGGGCUGCCUCCUGAACACUGCCCAUGCUCCUGACCCUGAGGCCCGCUGUGCUGCCCUCCGGGAGGAAUUCCUGGCCUUCCGCCGCCGCCGAGAUGCCACUAGGGCCCGGCUACCAGCCUAUCGACAGCCAGUGCCCCACCCUGAACAGGCCACUCUGCUGUGAACGCCUUAAUGUGAGGCAGGGUGAAGGCACACGGACCCUGCAGAGGAGGCCCCAACAAGACCUAGCUCCAGCUUGGCAAACUGCGCCUGCGCCUGCUCCUUUGGGGCCCAGGCACAGACCCUGAUGGUGGUCUUGGGUGGGCAUGGUAUGGGAUUUAUAUGCUGAGCUCCUCUAGUCUGGGGACUGGAACAGGCAUGCUCGGUCUGCUGGUGUGUGUAUGUGUGUGUGUGUGUGUGGUGGUGGUCGUGGUGUCGGUGAGGCUUUUU